AUGGCUCCCAGUAGCGAGGAGUUCUCGCUGCCGACAGCGGAGGCCAAGAGCUGGGAGUACAUACGCAUCGACGGCCUGGGUUUCCUCCCGGGCCUUUGCUGUCCUCACCACGACCGCGUGCAGAGCAACGGCAUCCUGCGCGCCGACGACUUCGAAAAACUGCUGCGGCGGCAUCCCACAGAACGGGGGAUCUGUAUUGAUGACUGGACAGCUCUCGAGAUUCAUCCAGAUGGCAGCUACCGAGUUUUCGCAGCGCCAGAUGCACCAAAACCUGCCAACUUGCUGAUCAAGGAAGUGGCCGAUGAUGAGUCCAUCCGUGUUCUGGAAGCUCCCAUCGAAGGUCGAUUGAGCGAUUUGCUGCGUGGGCCGGUAGCACCGGGCAUCAGGACGGACGAAAGGCAAGAGCUUUGCCGAUCCCUGAAUCCCAUCGGAAGGUUGGACAUGUCCUUGCUGCAGAGUAUCGCGGUGCUGCCUUUCCUUUGCCACGCAACAUGCCUUCUCUUUGGGAAGCCCCAUCCCGCUGCAGCCUGGCCCGUGAGCGGCGUGGCGCUGCGUUUCGGCAACCGCCUGCGCGAGUCCGGCCCAGCACCACUGGGCUGCCGCGUGACGGAUCUGAGCGCCGCGGCCGAUGAGGGUGGUCACAUCGAGUGCGGAAACGUCUCUGCUCAAGUGGAUCAUACUGGAGCAACGAGAGUUCCGCAGUUUCCAAAGGAUUGUUGGUUUACCCUGGCAGAAGAUGACUUCCUGCGCUAUCACGAUCUUGACAUUAUCUUGCAAGGUUCAAAGGAAAACAAGCGUUGGGAUCCGACAGGAGCAAGGGUGGAAAGGAUCGAGCGAAACAAGGAAGGGGUACCAUGCUGGGAUGGAUCGUCAGCGACGUUCCAAGAGUACUCAGAGGUUGCAGAGCACUGGGAACAGACGAUUCCCUACCACAAGAGGUAUCUUUGUGGUCCAAAGCUCCUGAAUGAGCUGUCAGGGACUGCAAAGAGGUUCGUGAUGUCCAAGCGGCCAGGCUGGGUGUCGCACUCAGGAGGGGUUCAGACUUUGCUGAACCAUCUGCGACAACAUCUAGGACUACCACAACUUGCCGAGAUGUCAGACUUCUUGGCCAAGUACUUCAAGCAGAGCCGCAGGAAGAAGAGCGAAUCCAUGAACGAGUACAUCACCCGGAAAGCAGAGUUGUAUGGGCGAGCUGAGUCCACACUGAGCCGCGCCCAGGAACACUACCAGCCAAGGACUUCCAGAGGAACGUCCCAUGGUGCCUCCUCUACAAGUGAACGACCUCGUUUUGAGGCCAUCCAGGAAGAAGCAGACUCCGAAGUUCUGAAUCCUGAUGGAGCCCCAUCUAGUGGGGAAGGAGCUGAAGAUCCAGGGGAAACCGAAGAUGCCAGGAGCCAGACCAGCUGGUCCGGAUGGCAGGAUUGGAACUACAGACGAUGGGAAGAAGAAGAUUGGGACUACUGGUCAUGGAACAGAUCCCAGGACUAUGAAGGAUCAGCUACAUGGUCGACUCCCACCGUCAAGCUACUUCCUGAGUUCGUACAAGGGUGGCUUCUCCUGCAAGAUGCAGGACUCGAGGUGAGCGAGCGCAACAUGAUCCUCGCAGCCAUCAAAAGCGACUUUCGCCUUGAGAGGGUUGCUCAAGAGCUUAGAAAUCAAUGGAAUGAUGAAGACUUGCGAAGACGUGAUCAACAUGGAAAAGGAACUGCAUGGAUGACACAGGGUGAUGAGUCUCCUGAUGAUGAUGAGGAGGGCAUGGAUUGGGCCAAUCUUGCUCUGGCAGGUCUGAAUGCUGAGGGUAUGGCAUUGAUGGCCGAUGCAGAGUCUGAGGCUCAGUCAGCCUUAGCCUUGAUCGAUCAGGGACGCCGCACUUUGAAAGAUGCCCGUUCCAGGCAGAAGUUCGUCAAGUUGAGUCGCCAAUACUAUGGUCAGAAGUCCUUCAAGGGUUCUGGGAAAGGCAGCAUGCAUGUGAAAAAUGAGCAAGGAAACAACCAUACUCCGAAGUGCUUGAGCUGUGGAGGGAACCACAAGACCUCAGAGUGCCCUCGAAAACCCCAAGCACAAGCAGCUGAAGUUCAAGAACAUGCUCCCUUCAUCUGCAUGACCGACCAGGUGUUGAACACUGAGGACAUGGACCAGAACUUGGCUACGACUCACCAAGCCAUGACUGAGGGUAAAGCUGUGAUCGACGGUGGUGCUACCCGCACUUUGGGAUCUGUCACGGCCUUGGAGACCCUGAUGAACAUCAAUGCCAAAGAACACGGUGAUGAUGGCGUCGCUAAGCUGGAUACUGAGCAGAGGCCUGUUUUCGGUUUUGGAAACUCGUCAGGUGACCGAUGUUUGUCAACUGUUUGGAUGAAGAUCAUGGCCGAAGGCCGUGAAGGUCACUUGAAGGUACAUACCUUAGAUCGUGGUGAGGGCCCCAUUUUGUUCAGUAUAGAAACUUUGAGGUCCUUAGGUGCCAUCAUCGACUUUGAACAUGAUUUGAUCGUUUUUCGCAAGCUGUCGGAUGAACGCGUAAUUCAGCUGGAAAGAUCCAGCUCCGGACACCAGUUGCUUCCACUGACCAAAGAUUGGUAUCGCGAGUCGCAGAAGACCUCGACGACUCGUGUGCCCAGAGCCAUGCCAGCCAUGAGCCGUGCGCAGAUGCUAUCCGAGUUGAACCGCCUGGGAGAAACACCUCCAAAGGCUUGGACCAAUGCAGAGAUGAAGCUACGCUUGGAAGAACUGCAGUACGACUUGGGGAUGGAUACCAAGAAGGGCAAGGAACACUCGCCCCUUCGCCAGAUGAUCAUCGAGUUGAAUCGUGCCAAGAAGGAGAAGAAGGAGAGAUUCGGAGUCCAUGCCGCCAAGACCUAUGGCGACAUCCUGGUGGAGGAGAAGGGCUACGCCAAGUGGGUUGUGACCACGGCACGCGAAGAUCCUCACAACUGCUCACCUCGUCUGAUACGGUUGGCCAAGUGGCUGCACAACAUGGAACAGCAGAACAUGAAUCAAAGAGCACAGGCAGUCUCUUACCACCAGAAAGAGUCCAAGGAGAAGAUCAAUACAAUGACCGAGACUGGAAUGACAUCAGCCGACACCAAGCAGAUGCCGUCAAGCUCCAACGAUGCCAUGAUCCAGAUGAUGCAACAGUUGAUGACAACGGUGAGCCAACUUGGAGAGGAAGUCCAGGAUCUCAAAGCCGAGCGCCCCCACAAGAAGGAGGGCAAAGCUGUGAGCGAGGCAUGGCGGUUGCCCUUGGUUCAACAGUUGGCCCAAAGGUACCAGGUUUACUUCGCCAUCACCAGGGUUGAACAUGUUGCAUGUGAAGGAAACCUGACUCGGAAGUCUGCCUUUUACACCGCUGAGUUUGCCAAGAGGGUUUGUGAAACCAUCCUUCAGGGUACCACCACCAAAGACUUUCAGAGGGAACUUCAUGGUCACCACUCCGAAGGGGACAUGUUUGGUAAGGGUACCUUUUGUGUUUGCAAAGAGCUUCAACAACAUGGUUCUCAACUCAAAUGUGGUGCAUGUCGCAUGUCAGUCGAGGGUCUCACGGGUUUGGGAUUGGCGGCUGAGGAACAGGGUCCUUGUCAAAUGAGUUCGGAAGAGAUUCAAAAACGGUUGCUGGAUCCUGACGGUGCUUUUCGUAGCCAUGGUCUGAGUGAAUACUGUGAUCAACACCACAUCUUUUUAGAUCUGGUGCCAAGUGAGGGACAUUGGAAACUGGGAGUUUGCGAACGCGCAGUUCAAGCAACCAAGUCAAUCUUGGAAAAAGUGUUGCAUGAGCAUCCUGACACGUCAGCUGAAGAUGCUUUGUCGGAAACCAUCCGUAACGAGUAUGAAGACUGGAGCGAACAUCCAGUGGAGUCAGAAUGGAAGAGAGCCGCAGAUCCUGAACAGGAGUGGCAGCCAGCAGUUCGCCUCAGAGCAAAGCGCAGCAAACCAUUGGAGUAUGAGACUCCAACCACAACAGCCAGGUCUCCCGAAACCGGAGGUGCCCAAUCCUCAGGGGAUAGAGGCCCAGUGGGAAGACCGAGAUCACGGAGCCCCAUGAGAGGGGAUAUCAACACUCCACUACCUGAAGGUUUUCAGGUGGCACCAAACUGGACUGCACAGGUACCUGACCAGGCCUUUUUGGCCACAGGUGAAACAGGCAUCUGGAAGCAGGAUACUUUGGUUUCUGUUGAGAUUGAUUUGCCGGAGAAUCGCAAUGCAUCAGAAAAGGCAGUUCGAUCACUGGAAUCCUACUUUGUGGCAGCCCUGAAGCGCAAGAGCGUAGAAGUUUCAGAGAGAAGAAUGACCUCAGAUGAAAGAGCAGCUUUUCAAGGUGCAAAGCAGGUGGAGGUGAACAACUUCAUUGCUGCAAAAGCGUUUGAAGCCCUGCCAGAGGGCUACAGAGCCAACAGGGCUGAUGCGGUGAAGAUGCGAUGGAUUCUGACCUGGAAAGCUUUACCUGAUGGUGGACGUAAACCAAAGGCACGAGCUGUACUUCUGGGAUACAUGGAUCCUAGCUAUGCAGAAAGGGCCACAACCUCUCCAACAACAACUCGACAAACGAGACAGAUUCAGCUGUCAAUAGCUGCUGGGAAGGGAUUUCAAACAUGGAAAGGAGAUGUGACAGGAGCUUUCUUACAGUCGCGAGACUAUCCCAAUGAGUUGCUCUGCAUACCCUGUCCUGAAAUCCUAGCUGCAAUGGGACUCCCACCAGAGUCCAUGACUCGAGUUCGUCGAGCCUGCUAUGGUCUGGUAGAUGCACCUUUGGAAUGGUAUCGUUCCAUUAGCUCAUACUUUGAUCAGCUGGGUUUGCGUAGGUGUUGGUCCGAUCCGUGUGUUAGCUGGUAUGCUCAACAGGUGGCACCACAAUUUGCCGCCGAAGUUGGACUUUUGCUUUCUGAAGUCAGUAAAAGUAGCAUCGAGACCUUGUACCGCGCUAACAAACUCAUGAACCAGGUGAAGGAAUCCAAACAUCACAAACUUUUGAUCCCCAAGGUUGACUUGGCGCUCUUCUUCGGCAACCUCCGCGCCAACUGCGAAGAGCGCUACCGCGCCUUCCUGCCGAGGGGACGUCGGCCCCAGCCCGGCAGCCUCCAAAGUGCACAGCCGGGGGAUGGUCGUGAGCCAGGCGUCGGCAUCACGAAAGAUCGGCCCCGCGCCACGACCCCCCGGAGAGAUCGACACUACUUGGUGUCGUGGAUCGAGCACGCCUACACCGAGGUCUACGAAAAACCCAAAUCCACUGCAGGUGCCACACCAGAUCCUACAGCACCCGAUCCCUUGGCGGUCUCCUGCUGUCGACGCGGUGAGCUUCCACCCAGUGGUUGGAGCACGAAAUGGUCUCCAGCGACGAAGCGAGCGUCGUUGUUGGCUGCAUUGGAGGAAUCCCAGAUGCAUGUGGUCUAUGCCUUGAGACCUCACUCGGAGAUGUGGCAAGAAUCGGUCCGAGCCGUACAGUUGGACCAGGCUGAACUGGAUCGCUUGCUGCGUGAGAAGGUGGCGACGAAGCCCAGACCCACGCAGAAGCAGAGGGUGAAGGAAGCCAUCCAGUGGCUCUUGGAAGCCGGCGCCAGUUUGGAGGCCCUUUGUUCGGAUGGGAACCCGGAGGUGCGGAAGAGUGCCGCGUCUCUACUGGCCGAAGGGGAGGGCGCUGCAGCGCGUUGCGCCUCCCUGUUGCAAAGCGAGGACGCGGCCGUGCGAAGCACUGCAGCAGAAGCGCUAGGGAGGUUGGGCAAAGAUGCCACCUCCCACGGCGCGCAGCUGUCACAGCUUCUGGGGGACCAGGAGACCACGGUUCGGAUGACAGCCACUGCCACUUUGGGGAAGCUAGGUGGAUGCAUGGCGAAGCAUUGCGUGGAGAAGCUUGAGUCAGAGAAACCCCGCGAGAGAGAGGCGGCCUGUGAAGCCCUUGGUUUGAUGGGCACAGCCGCCGUAGAACAUGCCGCUGCCGUGGUGGAGUUGCUCCAAGAUUCGGACUGGCAGGUGCCAACAGCAGCUGCCAACGCCUUGAAACGGAUGGGCCCGGCAGCGGUAAAGCAUUGUGCAGAGAUGCUGGGCCGUUGCCGAACAAUCGCGAGGCCGGCAGUCUCUGAGGCCAUCGUUCGGAUCGGAGGUGCCGAUGCUGCUGAGAGUUUGGUGCCGUUGCUGGCCAGUCGUGAUGAGGGGGUCCGGCAAUACGCAGCAGAAACCAUGGGGCAGCUGGGCUCGGAGGCCAAGCCUUUUGCGCGCUUCUUGGCUCCUCUGAAGGAGGACAGCGAUCGUGAAGUGAAGCGAGCGGCCAUGCAGGCGCUGAUGAAGCUGGGCUUGGGCCCUCAACCUCGCGCGGAGUUGGGCAAUGGAGACGAGAUGCCUCCGCCGCCCAAUCGAGGUGAGAAGGGCAAGGGCAAGGGCAAACGAAAAAACGACCGUGGAAAGUCCCUUGGCUAG